GUCGGCAACUCCAGCAGCUCCGCUCCGUAUAUUUCCACUGACACUCCGUUUUAGGGAUUCAUUCAUUCCAGUCAGAGCUGCUGUUCGGUCUGCCCACCCAUCCACGCGUCUGUCCACCCAGCUGUUUAUAUAUCCCUCCUUCCAUCCAGCUGUGCGCUGCGUCCGGGAACGUCAGACGCUUUAUCUUUGAUCGGCGGACCUGACAACUUUGUGUUGUUUAUUUGUUCAUUCUUCUCUUCCUGAUCAGCGUUUCAUCACCGGGAGAUUAGUGCUGCGUUCAGCGGUCGCUGACGCUGCAAGGAUGAAUGGCUGACCUCGGAGCUCACUGAUUGGUUUGCUAAUCUUUGCUGGCCGCAGCUGCUGUCAUGGCCAAAAGCCCGGAGGUGAAGCUGGCCGUCUUCGGCAGGGCGGGGGUGGGCAAGUCAGCUUUGGUGGUGAGAUUUCUGACCAGACGCUUCAUCUGGGAGUACGACCCGACACUCGAAUCAACAUAUCGUCAUCAAGCCAACAUUGACGAUGAGGUUGUCACCAUGGAUAUCCUGGACACUGCAGGGCAGGAGGACAUCCAGCAGAAGGAGGGGCACAUGCGUUGGGGUGACGGAUUUGUCAUUGUGUACGACAUCACAGACCGGGGAAGCUUUGAGGAGGUGGCCCCACUCCGAAGUCUCCUAGAGGAGGUGAAGAAACCGUAUCGUGCCUUGGUCCCUUUAGUAAAUAAGUCCCAUCUGGACCAGUCCGCAGGUUGCACAGAAUGGAAGCUGGUCCUGUGGGGCAAGAACCCACGAGUGGACAGCGAAGAGGUGGUGGAUGCAGGAAGGAAGGUAGCCUGA